AUGGAGGCCUUUGAAUACAAUGCGAACCCUAGCCGGGUCAUCUUUGGAAGCGGUACUAUCCAGAAACUGCCUGAUGAAGUUGCUCGACUCAACUUGAAGACACCUCUGGUGCUGUCGACACCGCAGCAGAUCAACCAGGCCGAAAGCGUCAAGGAGGUACUCAAGGGCCAGGUGGCUGGUAUCUUCUCAGAAGCCACCAUGCACACGCCCACCCACAUCACCGACAAGGCGGUUGACUAUGCGAAAGCCCAGGGGGCCGAUCUGGUCGUCUCCAUUGGAGGAGGCAGCACCAUCGGCCUGGGUAAGGCCAUCAGCAUCCGGACUGGUCUUCCUCACAUUUGCAUCCCGACUACGUAUGCUGGAAGUGAAAUGACCCCUAUCCUGGGCGAGACUGCCGACGGGCUGAAGAAGACUCGCUCGGACCCCAAGAUCCUCCCGGGGACAGUCAUCUACGAUGUCGAUCUGACCAUGACUCUGCCUGCGGCGAUGAGUGCGACGAGUGGUGUCAACGCCAUUGCUCAUGCUGUCGAGGCUCUCUAUGCCCGCAACACAAACCCCGUCAUCAACGUGAUGGCCCUCGAGGGCACCCGCGCCCUGGCAACUGCGCUUCCAGAGAUCGUCGAGAACCCUUCCUCGAAAUCCGCUCGCUCCUUGGCCCUGUACGGCGCCUGGCUAUGUGGAACCUGCCUGGGCAGCGUCGGCAUGUCCAUCCACCACAAGCUCUGCCAUACCCUCGGCGGCAGCUUCAACCUGCCCCAUGCGGAGACGCACACGGCUGUCCUUCCACACGCCAUCUCCUACAACGCCCCCAAGAUCCCCGAGGCAAUGAAGAAGCUCGCGGAGGCACUGCCGGACAGCAAAGGCGAUGCGAUCCACGGCCUCAACGUGCUGCUGGAGAAGCUCAAGGUCAAGCGUGGCCUCAAGGAGUUCGGCAUGAAGGAGGAGGAUAUUGACAAGGCCGCAGAUAUUGCUGUGAGCAACCCCUACUGGAAUCCCAGAGAAAUCGAGCGUGCGCCUAUCCGGGAGUUGAUCCGGAGGGUGUGGGCUGGGGAACCGGCGAAGGCGAACCUUUAA